AUGCGCCCUGGUCUCUUUGCCCCCGCUCUUGCGCUCGCCGCCGCGACGUCGCCCAACGAGUGGCACCCGUGCCCACUCUACUCGGACGUGGGCACCGCGGCCGAGCACAAGCAGUACGAAGCGUCGUACAACUUUACGGCCGAGUGCAUUGAGCUGUCGGCCCCGGUCUGCUACCCCGGCGUGUGCGAAGGCUCCAAGACGCUGACGCUCUUUCUCAAGCGCAUUCCCGCCACGCACCCGACGACGCCGGCCAAGGCCGUGUGGCUCAUGCAAGGCGGUCCUGGUGCAGCGUCCGAUGCGAUGGAGCCGUCCAUGGCGCAGAUCUAUGAAGCCGCCAACGGCACCAUUAGCCUGUACACGAUGGACCACCGCGGCGUCGGGCGCAGCUCGCCCUUGUCGGCCAUCUGCCCUGAUGUGGCAACGGCCGAGAUCGAGACGCUUGACGUGGCGCACACCAAGUGCUUCAAGAAGCUCAAGGCCAAGUACGGGCCCAACGCUGCCAAGGGCUUCUCGGUCACAAGCGCGGCCACGGACCUUGCGACAAUCAUCCAGAGCCCACUCCUCGCGGCCUCGGACGUCUUCGUCUACGGCGUGAGCUACGGCACGUACCUCACCGAGCGCCUCAUGCACCUCGCGCCCAAAAACGUCAAGGGCUACAUCCUCGACAGUAUGCUGGCCGAGAGCCCGUUGAGCACGUACAGCGACUGGGACCGCGACGUUGCGCACGUUGAAAAGGAGUACUACCAUUUCUGCGACAAGGACCCAGUGUGCGCGUCCAAGAUUGGCCCCAAUUCGAAGCAAUUCGCAUUUGAUUUGUACAAAAAGCUCGAUGCGAACGACACGGCGUGUGCCCAAACGAUUUAUGCCGCCAAGGGGAUUCCGUCCGACUUUGUGGGAUCGACGCUUGCCGGCAUGUUGACCAACUACAACCAGCGCAACUUGAUUCCUGCGAUUCUCUACCGCCUCGCCAAGUGUGUUGUUGACGUCGAGAGCGAAGCUACGUUCCUAACCGGUCUUCUCGGCCUUGCCUCGGAGGCUGACGACACGGAAGGGCGCGAUGACAUUGUCCCUGGCGACGCUGAGACGGGCGAGUCAGUUAUCGAUGACAUUCUCUACAGCAACAUUGUCUUCAACGAGAUCUGGGAGUCGCCGUCUCCGUCGGUCGAGCGCCUCGAGAAGGACUCGUCCAAGCUCACGUGGCGCAGCAGCGACAAGAUCUCGACGCUUCUCAAGGUCGGCAAGUACUGCCUCUACACCGGCGGCAAGGACGCCGUGUGCAAGCAGUUUGAAAUCGCAGCGGGCUCCGAGUCGUUUGCAUACGCCCAUGACCAGUACUGGAACAAGACGGCGGCGGUUCCGGCUGGCGCGAGCGCCCUCUUGCUCUCGGGUGGAAUUGACGUCCAGACGAUCCCCAAGUAUGCCGUGGCCCAGAAUGCGUCCAUGGCCGGUGACAAGAAGCUCCUUUUGCAGUUCCCGUUUGGCGGCCACAGCAUCAUUUCGACGACAAGCACGGACCCCAAGGACGCGACCAAGCACUGCGGCAUGGACAUCCUCAACAUGUACCUCCAGUCGGGCGGCAACCUCAAGGCCAUCAAGACCGACUGCAUGGAAAACGUCCAGCCCCUUGAUUUCACGCUCAUCCACGACGAGGCCAAGGCCCUCGAGCUCUUUGGCAACACGACCGAUCUCUUUGGCGAUGAAGAGCGCCGUGUGCGGGCGGCCGUGCAGAGCGAAAUCGCCAAGGCGGACGCCAAGCACAGCACCGAGACGAUUGCGCUCACUGGCGGCUUGAUCGCGUGCGUGCUUGCCGUCAUGGGCAUGGCUCUGUACGUCAAGAAGCAGCAACGUGCGCUGGCCAAGGACAGUACGGCGGCGGUCGAGUCAGAAGUCAAGGACGCCAAGGAAGAUAACGCCAAGGAGGAAUCCGCCUCGGACGACGCUACGGUCGCCCAGGUCUAA